CGACGGCCGACCGAUCAGACUAGCCAGACGGCGGCUCCACUUCUCUCUUUCCACACGUGGUAGCGGGACUAAGACCUUCCUCUCUAUUUAUAUAUAUACAUCUGUUUUCUGAAGAAAGAAAGAAUGGGACGUGAAAUGGCAAUCUCAUUGGACGGAGUUAGGGACAAGAACUUGAUGCAGCUGAAGAAACUCAACACCGCUCUCUUCCCUGUCCGCUACAACGAUAAGUACUACGCAGAUGCUCUUUCUUCUGGCGAAUUUACCAAGCUAGCAUACUAUAGUGACAUUUGUGUUGGUGCAAUCGCAUGUCGGCUUGAGAAGAAGGAAGGUGGGGCUGUUCGUGUAUACAUCAUGACCUUGGGUGUUUUGGCACCUUAUCGUGGAUUAGGUGUUGGUUCAAAGCUGUUAAAUCAUGUGCUUGAUCUGUGUGCUAAGCAAAACAUGAGUGAGAUUUACUUGCAUGUCCAGACAAAUAAUGAGGAUGCCAUCAAAUUCUACAAGAAAUUUGGGUUUGAGAUUACAGAGACCAUCCAAAACUAUUACACAAACAUCACUCCACCAGACUGCUAUGUUGUAACCAAAUUCAUCACUCCAUCCGAGGCGAAGAAAUAACUCAACUCAACUCAUUCGGUCAAGCUUCAGUUUUUCCAGUGCCCAUGUUUCUGAAACUUGUUAUUACUAUUAUUGGCAGUGUGCUUUUCAUGAAUCCCAUGGGAAUGCCAUUGAUUUGUUUUUUUGAACUCUUGAGUGCAAGAAAAUGAUAGUCUAAAGAGUUAUUAAUGUACUACUGUAAGAGAAACACAAUUUUGUUCAAUUCAAGACAAUUAAUUAUUAGAUUUUCCGCA